GUGCAUCAAUACAACCGAUAGAUCGUCGCUGCCCGCUUAACAGCUUUAAAAAUCUACAAAUGUACGAUGACGUAAUCAUCAUCUACCCCAGUGAUACCUCCAUCUUAUCUCCGUAACGACAACAACUUUUUAGGUAAGACUCACCUAGUAUCAUUUCUCUUCCAUCUCAAUCCCAAACAAUCAACAACAAGGCCAUACAAAAAAACCAAGCACAAAAAUCAUGAAAUCCGAAGAAACCUACUCGCUCGGCUACAGCCCCGCAGUAAUCGACCGGCACUCCCUCCGCCGCGCCUCAACCUGCUGUUCCUAUUUCCUCCCACACCUAACCCCCACAUCUCGCGUCCUCGAUCUCGGCUGUGGACCCGGCUCUAUAACAACAGACAUCGCCUCACUUAUACCCUCCGGCACUAUCACCGGUCUCGACGCCGGAUCAUCAGUAAUCGAAAUCGCCAAUGCGAAAGCAAAGGAACUGGGUUUGAAAAAUUGUGAUUUUCAAGUAGGUGAUGUGAUGAAAUUACCUUUUGAGGAUGAGACUUUUGAUGUGGUGUAUACGCAUCAGUUACUUAUCCAUUUACCGGAUCCCGUGGAGGCUAUGAGGGAAAUGAGGAGAGUGUGUAAGGUUGGGGGAUUGGUGGCGUGUAGGGAGAGUGAUAUGGGGGAUGCGGUGUUUUAUCCCUCUACGCCUGGCUUGAAGAGAUCGGUGGAGAUUAUGGAGAAGAUGAUUAUAGAGAAGGGUUCCGUGCCUCAUGCAGGAAAGUUCUUGGUAAAGUGGGCUAGGGAUGCGGGGUUUGAAGAGGGGAAGGUGGUGGAGAGUUAUAGUUAUUUGAUGCAGCCGAGUUGGAAGAAUUCAUUGAUGACGGGUGAUGUUGGCGAGAAUGCGGUGAGGCUAGCGGUUGUGGGAAGUGAAGAGGAAAUCAAAGACAUGAUUGCGGAGUGGGAUACUUGGGAAAAGACGGAAGGAUGCUGGUGGAAGACGGGGUGUGGUGAGGUUGUUUGUUGGAAAACGUGAUUAGUAGACAUGGAAACUUAUCUUCUGUUGACAGUAGAUGAUCUUGUGACUUUUUAGAGCUUCUAUGGUACACCGAUUCAUAUCUCGUCCAAAUCCCAAUGUUUGGGUAAUAGUUUACAAACAAUACAAACACAACAUGUCCUGUAGAUAUCCCUCCCUCCUCAAUUCCGUAUCUUACUCCCUCCCCUCUCCGCCCCACCACCUUGGCAAAUAAAAUCUAACAUUUUCAUACACCAAAAACGUAACCCAAGUAGCUGGUAAAACCCUUACAACAUUCGUCCCCAAGCCCCUAUAAAAACCCCUCCAUCCCUCCUCUCUCCAAACCUUCCCCACAACCCCUCUAAUCCCCCUCCCAAAUCUCUCUUCCGCAUCAUAAGUCUGUAACCUACUUCUCACAACC